CCCGCUCUGGAAGUAGGAGAAGCCAAGCCCAGCGCUUUUAGGAUGGGUAACACUAAAGAACGGCUUUCCACCACUACCCAGGGUACAAUUACACCCCUCCCCCCUCGCCCUUCCUUCGGUGGUGAUGGACUGGAGAAUUCAUCCAACAAUAACCCACGCCCUUCCAACCUACCCUCCAGCACAGUUGCCUUGAAGUUUGUGGGAGCGCGCUAGAACGGGGUUCCUCCCCUGGAGGCCCCGCGCGGGGUUGUGCGAGCACGUUGUGACGGGUCGGUUCGUGCGUGACAGUUUGCAGCCGAUUAGUUGAAAGUGAAAUUCGCUCCCCGACGGUCGACGAUCGCGCGACGCUCGCAAGACUCGUGUGGGACAAGCUAAAACGAAAAUUAGCUGCAGACUAGGGCGAGACCGUGAGUUUCCUGUGAUUUCUCCCAUCGAUUAACGAUCGUCUAAUGAUCGUUAGUGCUGAUUGGUAAAAAGGGGAGGACAAGUUUAAUGUUGUGGCUGUUUGAUUUUUCCUCAUUUUUAAGUGUGUGUGAUUAAGCUUCUCGGUGGCAGUUAAAGCGAAACUCCGGAAGUGUGGUUUUUGGGGGGAAAAUUGCAACCCGCAGCGCGUGUGUGGAUUAUGUGACUGCAAGAUCGAAUUGGUGAAAAAUUGAAAAGUGAAACAAGAAGAAGAAUUGAUUGUGUCAUUCGAGCUGUAAAAUGAUCAACACUAACCCGUUUUUGGAUCAGAAGCGUCCGGUGUACGAGGACAUCAAGAUUGAUACCGCGUUCCGGAAGAUUAGUCCCCGCUCGAUCGGCUUCCACGUCUGGCGCAUCCAGCAGGAUCAUGUGGAGACACUGCCAAAGGAACAGUACGGUACGUUCUACGACGAGUGUGCGUACGUCAUCUAUGCUGCGUCGCUUACGGGGACCACCUGCGAUAAGAGCACUAUUAGCCGUGAAAUCAAAGCUCCUGGAGCGGCAAUCGAGCGCAACAUUCACUUCUGGCUUGGUGCUAACAUUCCUGCGGAACGUUCCAAGUCUGCGGCGUACAAGAUAAUUGAGCUGGAUCUACAUCUCGACCACAAAACGACGCAGUUCCGGGAGUCGCAGGGUAACGAGGGCAUACGCUUUCUGUCCUACUUCAAGGAUGACGGUAUCCUUGUCCAUUCAGGUAGCGAUGCAUCUUCGACUCCAACCAACCCAAGGCUGUAUCAAAUUUCCGGGACAGCUCCACAACGCUGCGUCCAGCAGAAAACGAUCAGCUGGCAGUGCUUCAACAGCGGUCAGGUAAUGAUCCUCCAGACGGCAUCGAUCGUGUUUGUGUGGAUUGGUCGUUCGACCGGCUCGGUCGAGCGGAUCUUUGGCAUACGGAUGGGCGAACGGCUGAAGCAACAGCACGCCAUUGCCGAGCUGGCGAUCGUGGACGAUGGUUACGAGCAGUCGAUGAGCAUCGCCCGGAAGGAGGUCUGGAACGGGUAUCUAAAUCUGGCCAAACGCUUCGUUAAACCGAUGCCCCUCACACCGACCGUUGCCGAGCGGCUGCUGAAGCUCUACCACUGUGACACAGUGAACGGUGUGUUCCGGGUGGAGUUGGUAAAGACAGGUGCGCUCGACCAAGCGGAUUUGUACGGGCGGGACAGUAUCUACAUCGUGGAUUACUUCCCGCAAGCGAUCUGGAUCUGGAUUGGGCGCAGCUCCCACAAACAGAACCGGGCAGAAGCGAUGCGCCAUGUGCGGGGGUACGUCAUCAAGAAGGGUUACCCCGCGGGUACACCUGUGGCGCGCGUUAUUGAUGGCCUUGAACCGGCCGAGUUUGUGAGCCUCUUCCCGGCGUGGACCAGCGCCGACAUUAACGGGAACACGGUGAAGGGGCUUUCGGAGAAGUUUGACGCAUUGACGCUGAUACAGCGCCCCCGGAUGGCGGCCAAGAUACAGCUGAUGGAUGAUGGGUCGGGCGACAUGACCGUGUACCAGAUCGGCAUCGAUGAGGUGAAAGAGAUCCCGAACAAGUACGCGAAAACGUUCUACUCGGGCAACUGUUACGCGGUACACUACGAGGUCGCUUGCAGUACGGAGAACGCGAACGGUUCACUGCCAAACUCGAUCCGUAAUGUGGUCUAUCUGUGGUGUGGAUUGAAUGCACCGCCCGAGCAUCGUACGAUUGGUGAAGCGUUCCUGGCCGAGCUGUGCGAGCAUCUGAAGAAGAACGUGGUACAGGUACGCAUUGCGGAGGGCAUGGAACCGCCCCACUUUCUGCAGAUCUUCAAGGGAUCGCUGAUCGUGCUGAAUGCGCAAGAUCCGAGCCUGGAGCAGGCGGGCGCUGUCGUCAACAUACGCCAGUACCCCACGAGCUUCGUGCUGAAGGUGGUGGGGAAUGCGACUUACACCUGCAAGGCGGUGCAGGUGUCGAGCAAGACGCUGUACUAUCCGGAAGAUUGCUACAUCCUGAAGGCGCCGGACAAUGAGGUGUGGAUCUGGUGCGGCCAGUACUCGACGGGAGAUUCGCGCGAGAUGGCCAAGUCGAUCGCGGGCCAGCUCGGGGAGUACAGUCUCGUGAUGGAGGGCAAUGAGACGGACGAGUUCUUCAACUCGGUGGGCGAGAAGUUCCUGAAGCAGCUGAAGAAGACGACCACGGCGGGUAAUAUUAUAACGCCCGCGGUACAGACGAACGUAGCGCAGACGUGGGACCGGGCGGUGAUUGGGCUGUACCGCUGUCAGUUGCUGGAGGAUGGGAAGCCAACGAUGAGGCAGAUCUUUGGCUUUUCGCAGCAGGAUCUACGGCCGGACAGUAUCUUCCUGCUGGAUGCGGGCAGUAUCGUGUACGUGUGGAUCGGGGAGCAGACGGUGGUGGAAGAGCGGGCCCAGUGUUGGGAGCUGGCGAGGCAGCUGAUCGCGACGCAUCCGGUGCAGCGUGAUACGGCGAUGCCGAUCGCUGCCGUGCGGCAGGGUGAGGAACCGAUCACGUUCGUGGGCUUUUUUGACAGCUGGGACAGGAAGCGUUUUGAGUCGUGUGUGCUGUAUGAAAAUCUGCGAAGCGAAAUCGAAUAUCCGAACGGUGUUGGAGCUGGUGGACGGCUGCCGGGUGCUCCCAUUCCCGUGCCCCGCUCGUCCGUGCGGAGUGAUGAUGGGAGUGGUGAUGAUUUCGACCGAUACCAAAAGUACCCGCUGGAUAUGCUGCGGGGCGAUGCGGCCAAUCUGCCGGCCAGUGUCAAUCCGACGCGCAAGGAGAUCCAUCUGACGCACGACGACUUUGUGACGGUGUUCAGCAUGACGUACCACGAGUUCGAGGAGCUGCCGAAGUGGAAGCAGGUGGAGCUAAAGAAGCAGAAGAAACUGUUUUGAGCUAGGUUGGGCUGUUAGGGGGGAAGUUGUUACUAGAUGGAUGCUAUUAGUGUAUUGCGUUUUUCGAUUGCGAUUGUAUUGUACGCACCAAAGCAAAGGUUGUUGCGCGAUAUGGUGCAUUUUAUUUAUCCGUUAUGUGGUUUAAUAUUUGUAAUAUUUUUAACCUGAAACGUUUUUUCUUUUUUUUUUUAAUACAUGAAAGCAAAAUAAACGCUUACACUACACACGUUUUUAUUUGAAAAUAAACUGAAUUAAAAUCA